UUUCCACUAAGGCAUCAGUCUGAACUCCUUACAAGUUUUCUGCUGCUCAUUAACCCGGGCCAUUCACCUUUGCUCUUCUGCCUUCACCCUAAAAUUACUCUGGGUUAAUCCUGUGAGUCCAACUGGCUUCCAGUGCAGCCCAUGAAAAUCAGAGCAGCUAAGGGUUUCAAAGUCAGCGUCCAGGAAAUGCUGACAGGACAGAGGCUGUGUCAGUCCAGCUCCCACAACGAUGCUGUCCUGGCAGCCCUGAACCAGCAGAGGAGCGAUGGCAUUCUGUGUGACAUCACCCUGGUUGCUGAGGAGCAGAAGUUCCAGGCUCACAAGGCAGUCCUGGCAGCCUGCAGUGACUACUUCCGAGCAAUGUUCAGUCUCUGCAUGGUUGAAAGUGAAGCUGAUGAAGUGAAUUUGCAUGGUGUCACAAGCCUUGGUUUAAAGCAAGCUCUGGACUUCGCCUAUACUGGACAGAUCCUUUUGGAACCAGGGGUGAUACAGGAUGUCCUGGCAGCUGGGAGUCAUUUGCAGCUGCUGGAGCUUCUUAGCUUAUGUUCUCACUAUCUGAUUCAGGAAUUGAAUAGUUUUAAUUACUUGGACCUGUAUAAGCUCGCGGACCUCUUCAACCUCACUUUGUUGGAGAACGCAGUGGUUGACUUCUUAGUGAAACAUCUCUCUGAGCUCCUGAAGAGUCAUCCUGAGGAAGUUCUGGCACUCCCAUAUUGUCUCCUCCGAGAGGUUUUCAAGAGUGACAGACUCACUUCCCUCAGUGAGGAGCAGAUCUGGCAGCUGGCUGUGCAAUGGCUGGAGCACAACUGCCACUACCAGUACAUGGACGAACUGCUCCAAUACGUCCGCUUCGGCCUUAUGGAUGUGGACACACUGCACACCGUGGCUCUUCCUCACCCUCUUGUCCAAGCCAGUGAGGCUGCGACGGCGCUCGUCAAGGAGGCCUUGGCAUACCACCAGAGCACCUAUGCACAGCCAGUUUGGCAGAGCCGGAGGACAAGGCCACGCUUCCAGUCGGACACCCUGUACAUAGUCGGCGGGAAGAAGCGGGAGGUCUGCAAGGUGAGGGAGCUGCGCUACUUCAACCCGGCGGACCAAGACAGCGUCCACAUCACGGGCAUCGCCAACUGGAGCGAGCUGGCACCCAUGCCUGUGGGCAGAAGCCACCACUGCGUGGCUGUCAUGGGGGACUUCCUCUUUGUGGCGGGUGGCGAGGCAGAGCAGUGCAGUGGACGCAGCUGCGCGGUGCGGACCGCCUGCCGCUAUGACCCCCGGUGCAACUGCUGGGCUGACAUCGCGCCCAUGAAGAACUGCCGCGAGCACUUUGUGCUGGGUGCCCUGGGAGACUUCCUCUACGCGGCGGGGGGCAGGAAUGAGCUGCGCCAGGUGCUGCCUACUGUGGAGCGCUACUGCCCCAGGAAGAACAAGUGGACCUUUGUGCAGCCCUUCGACCGCUCGCUCUCGUGCCACGCAGGAUACGUGGUGGAUGGGCUUCUCUGGGUAUCAGGAGGAGUCACAAAUACAGCACAGUAUCAAAACAGGCUCAUGGUUUAUGAUCCCAAGCAGAACAAGUGGCUAAGCCGCAGCCCGAUGUUGCAGAGGAGAGUUUACCACUCCAUGGCUGCUGUCCAGAGGAAGCUCUACGUGAUGGGUGGGAACGACCUCGACUACAACAAUGACCGGGUCCUGGUCCGGCACAUCGAUGCCUACAGCAUAGACACUGACCAGUGGACACGCUGCAGCUUCAACAUGCUAACAGGGCAGAAUGAGUCUGGCGUUGCGGUCCACAACAGCAGGAUAUAUUUAGUUGGGGGCUAUUCCAUUUGGACCAAUGAGCCUCUGGCCUUCAUCCAGGUGCUGGACGUUAGCAAGGAGGGGAAGGAAGAAGUGUUCUAUGGACCCACGCUCCCCUUCGCCUCCAAUGGCAUUGCUGCCUGCUUCCUGCCAGCCCCUCACUCCACCUGCCCCAACCUGCAGACCUUGCAAGUGCCUCACCACAGGAUCGGCGCGCGGUGAGGCAGGGAGCAUGCCCCCAGAGCAUCACCAGUGGGGUCAAAACUCAGACUGUGUCCAGAAGGGUUUCUCUGGGUCAGUGCGAAGAAUCAGCCCACAUAGGCUGCUGCUUUACCUUCACACAGCUGUCUUAACGUCGGAUCACAACUGACAGGAAAGAAGCUGCAAAAGCUGCCUGCAGUUUCUCUCCUCUGUCCUCAGCUGUAGACAGUGAGAGCGUGUGGCAUUUCUGCUGGGGACUCCCUGCUGCCCGUCUCUACUCCAUGUCCUCAUGCAGCUUCCCAAGGCAUUGUGAAUGUGCUCAGCUUCUGCUGGACUGCUGCUCUCUGGAGUCUGCACACUGGGUUUCACCAAGGCACUUUCUGAACUGACAGAAAUGAUUCAGUACUGUGCUAAUUAUGUAACUUAGCCCAUACCUGUGGCAAAAAGAAUAACAACUUCCACUGCUAGACUCCAUUGUUUACAGUUUCUCAGUUAAUGCUUCAUACUCUCCAAAUACUCCAAAGCAGAUGAAAACAAAACCAAGCAAGCCCUGUAGUAUCUGAGGAAGAGAGAGAAGGAUGAAGACACCGAAGCCUCAUGGCUAAAGCCAAACCUGGGCUGAAUGUGUUUGAUCAUCUAAAGGUCAUUAUUUGGGAUGUCAUUUACCAAGGACCACUAUCAAAUAAAUGUUACCUUCUGUCA